UUCCCUAAUAGUCUGACCCCAUGUGUGUCUUGUGCUUGUUGUGUGACCUGGGGAGAGUGUUCCCCUUUCUGAGUUUCUGCCAAAUGUGGGGGUGCAGUGCCUGCUUAGGUAUCCCAGCACUCCAGCAGUCCCACAGGGCCCCACAGCCCUGCCCUGGGUAUCCAAGGAACACAUACGUCCCUCAGGCCUUCCUGCCAGGGUUGGCUUUUUCCUGAGAAAUUCACGAUGGUCAGAUCACAGACCCACGCUGUGGACCAUGUUUCAGAACCCCCGGGGCCUCUCCCAGCCUCUCCUGUCCUCCCCAAAGGGUCUGCAGAAUCUGACCAGCUCCUCCUCCCUCCCUGGCACAGGUGGGUGGUGUGGGGACAGGGCAGCGUGCCUGCUUGGAUGGUGAAUGUGUGAGGUGACUGUACCCUGAGCUCCUGAGAUGUUGUCGGAGACCUCCUUCAGUCUCCAGAGAGCAAAGAACGAUGGCCCAAGCCAGCCAGACUGAGAACAGAGCCCUGCCCCUGUGUGAGGUAGUGAGGGGACCCCUCAGACUCAGGACGCCUCAGGUUCAGAGCAGCCAGCCACCCUGCCUGGGGCCCCAGAAGGCAGUGGUGCUGUCUUUUCAGAGACUGGAAUAGACGGCUUGAGUGUCUCUGCCACACUACUUUUUAAAUGUAUUAACUAUCUGUGGCAUUGAACCAUCAAAAUGCUAACAUGCAAAGUGACCUCCUGCUCCCACGAUGGCUUAGUGGUGACCAUCACUCUUUCUCCGUGGAUGGUCCCUUCGCCAGUGCCAUCUUCCCUAAGCAGUAUGCAGAUGGAUCGGUGAAGCAAGGACAUAUGCCGAAUGGCGGGGGAGGGGGGGCACAUAGUAGCUUAAAAUGAUGCAGUCUUCACAAAUUAUUAUUUAAAACACAUUAAUCCGCUUAAUUUCAGUGCUGGGGCAAAGCCCCAUUGUCGUUAUCAGGCUGGAGGGAAGAGGGAGCCACCUGGAGAGUCCCAGGGGUUGGUCUUCAUCUCACUAUGUGAGAUGGAGGGUGACAGCAUGAACUAGUCCAGGGCAACUGGCAGAGGGGUGGGGAGGUCUAGGAACUGGCCCAAGUUAGGUCGAGUGACCCCAGGAAACUGCUUGGCCCAGCCGAGGUAGAGGAGGAGGGGCCAAGGAGGGCAAACGUUGCCCGAAACAGGGGGGUCAGCCGGACCAUCCGGUCAGAUUAGGGCUUGGGAGGCGGAAGAAAGGGUGGCGGUCGCUAGGGGCGCCCUCGUGGGCGGACCCUGGAGCGCCGUGGAGGAUGGCCCCUGGGGGGCGCCCGCGCAGGCCGGGCACCUGGAGCGCCCUCACCAGCCAGCACCGGCGGCUGCGGCGUGCGCCCAAUGGGGGGCGCCGUCGGGGGCACGCACCCGGGCGCGGUGGAGAGGCGCACUCGCUGCUACCACGGGAUGGAGCCCUGGUGCGGGGCGCGGGCCCGCGGGCAGGGCCCACGGACGUCUGCCGCCUCCCACGCCCGCGCCCUUUCGUGGCUGCUGCUGCUGUUGCUGUUGCUGCGGCCCGCCGGUUGCUUAGGCUCAGAGCAAGCUCUGGGGGCGCUGUCUGCAGCCAACCCGGCCGACCCCGGGGUCCUCUGCUCUCCCAAGGGCCCCUGCCCCUCAGACCUGCCUCGCCUGGCCCAGGAGUCCCCGACCGCGGUCCCGACGCAGUCCUCUGUUUCUGGAGCCGUCUCCUGUGGCUUCUCCUACGAGUCGGACCCCACCCUCAGGCACCCAGAGGCUAUGGCUCGGCGGUGGCCAUGGAUGGUCAGCGUGCGGGCCAAUGGCACACAUAUCUGUGCCGGCACCAUCAUUGCCUCGCGGUGGGUGCUGACUGUGGCCCACUGCAUGAUCCAGCAUGAUGUUUUCUAUUCAGUGAGGGCGGGGAGUCCAUGGAUUGACCAGGUGACGCAGACUACCUCCGACAUCCGGGUGCUCCAGGUCAUUGUGAACAGAAGGUACCGGGGGCGGCGGUACUGGUCCUGGGUUGGCAAGGAGAACGACAUCUGCCUCCUCAAGCUUGAGCGGGUGCUCCAGUACAACAGCUAUGUCUGGCCCAUCUGCCUGCCUGGCUUGGACUAUGCGCUGAAGGAGAAUGCCGUCUGCACUGUGACGGGCUGGGGACUUCCCAAGACUGACGGUUUGUGGCCCCAGUUCCGGACCAUUCAGGAGAAGGAAGUCACCAUCCUGAACAACAAGGAGUGUGAUGACUUUUACCACAGGUUCUCCAAAAUCCCUUCCCUGAUUCCCAUCAUCAACUCCAAGAUGAUUUGUGCAAAGGACAUCAGCAGGGAAGAGUUCUGCUAUGAGAUGUCUGGGGAGCCUUUGGUCUGCUCCACGGAGAGCACGUGGUACCUGGUAGGAAUGGUCAGCUGGGGCCCGGGCUGCAAGAAGAGCCUGGCCCCGCCCAUCUACGUGUACAUCUCCUCCUACCAACGCUGGAUCUGGGACCGUCUCAACGGGCAGCCCCUGGCCAUGCUGGCCCCAUCCUGGGUCCUACUAUUGGCGCUACCACUGCCCCUCAGCCUCCUUGCUGCUCUCUGACACACAGUGUGCCUUCCCUGGUGUGUCCUCCCUCUCCCAGGACCCCUUGCCCUCAUGCCCUCGUGCUGCAGGUGCAGCUCUUACAGCCCUGCAAGGCAGGGCAGACCAGGUGCUCAAUUAAACACUUCUCUUUCCUGUG